AUGAAUGCAAAACUCCUGAAAAAAUACAAAAACUUUAUUGGCGACAAUGAGUUUUUCAGGGCGUUUAUACCAAACUACGAGGAGGUCAUGAAGGGGGAUGAUGAACCUAUCGAGCCCUAUACAUUUGUCAGCAGUCCCCGGUUUGUUCUGCACGAGCUUAAAGAUUAUCAGAUUGAAGGAUUAAACUGGCUGAUUAAUAUGCAUGAAAAUUCUAUAAAUUGCAUACUAGCAGAUGAGAUGGGGUUAGGAAAGACGCUCCAGACGAUCGCAUUUCUCGGGUACAUCCGGUAUGUGAAAAAGGAGAGGAAGAAGCACUUGAUUGUACUUCCGAAGUCCACUCUUGCAAACUGGAAGAGGGAGUUUAAGAAGUUUAUGCCUAACUACAAGGUCCGUGUGUUCUAUUCCUCCCGGAAGGAGAUGAGGAAGGAGGCAGAAGAGAUUAUGUCCUCGAAGUGGGAUGCGUGCCUAACAACAUAUGAGAUGUGUAUAAACGCAAAGAACAUCCUUAAUACGGUUGAUUGGUCAUACAUAAUCAUAGACGAGGCCCAUAGAAUAAAAAACGAGCACAGCCUGCUUAGUAAGAUUGUCAGGAUCUUCUCGUGCGACCACCGCCUCCUCAUCACUGGGACGCCUCUCCAGAACAAUGUCCAUGAGCUGUGGGCAUUAUUAAACUUUAUAGUUCCGGAGAUUUUCAAUGACGCCGAGAAGUUUGAGAAAUAUGUAAUGAAUAUAGAUGAGGGAGAUGGAGAGGCCAUAAAAAGAAUCAGAAGCGUUCUCCAGCUCUUUUUUCUGAGAAGGGAGAAGGUAGAUGUUGAGGAGGGGCUUCCUCCGAAAAAGGUCAUCAACCUGUACUCGAAGCUGAGUCCCAUGCAAAGAGAAUGGUACAGGAUGCUCCUGAAAAGAGAUCUCUCUCCUCUUGGAAGCACAAGGGACCCAAAGGGGAUGCUUAUGAAUGUUGUUAUGCAGCUGAGGAAGUGCUGCAACCACCCAUAUCUGUUUCCUGAUGCAGAGCCCGAGCCUUACACGAACGAUAAGCACAUAAUUGAGAACUCUGGGAAGAUGGUGAUGCUUGAUAAGCUGCUGGCCAAUCUCAAGGCUAAGGGCUCCAGGGUUCUUAUUUUCAGCCAGAUGUCGAUGAUGCUGGAUAUACUUGAGGACUAUGCGAUGUUUAAGGGGUAUGAGUAUUGCAGAAUUGACGGGUCUACAUCCUACAGGGACAGGACCGAGGCGAUUGACACGUUCAAUGCAGAGGGAAGUGACAAGUUCAUAUUUCUUCUGACGACAAGAGCAGGAGGUCUUGGGAUAAACCUGUCUACUGCAGACACAGUGAUUCUGUUUGAUUCUGACUGGAAUCCGCAAAUGGAUCUUCAGGCACAGGACAGAGCCCACCGCAUAGGACAGAAGAAGCAGGUUAUGGUGUUCCGACUGAUUAGCGAGAAUACUGUUGAGGAGAGGAUUGUCUAUAGGUCGUUGCAGAAGCUCAAACUAGAUGACAUUUUGCUGCAGGGAAGCCAAAGAAACUCCACGGUCAGCCAGUCUGAGCUUAUCGACAUACUGGCAAACGGAAUAGAGAUUGCCGAGGACGACGGGGAAGACGAAAGCAUUGAUGAUUUGAUUAGAAGAGGAGAAGAAAAGACCCGGGAGAUGAAUAUGAAGCUGUGUGACUUCAAAAUCAGCGACACACUGAACACGAACAUUGAUUGCUACACAUGGGAGGGGGAAGACUAUAAUGUCAAGAAGAUUGAGAGCUUUAUUGAGAACACCCAGAAUGGCCAAGGAAGAUCCUCAAGGGCAAGUGUCCUCUUCCGGGCAAGGCCUAGAGUUGUCGAAUACCCUGAGUACCAGUUUUAUCCCCGAGAGCUCAAGGACAUACAGGAGAAGGAAGUCAGGCUCUAUGAAGAGGGCAAAGGCCUUUCACAGGAUGAUGUGGCUAGAAAGAAGGAGCUUCUGUCACAGGGAUUUGACUGGACAAAGAAGGAUUUCCAGUCCUAUGUGAAGGCAAUGGAGAAGGUUGGUAAGGACGAUGUCUCAAGAAUAGCAAUGCUGCUGAGCCACAAGGAUGACGUGGAGGCAUAUCACAAGGUUUUCUGGGAAAGGAUAGACGAGCUGAAAGAUGCAGAAAAGAUAGUAAACUCGAUAAACAGAAGCCAACGGAGGCUGGAGAAGAGAUCGAGGAUUAGAGAAAUAAUUGAAAGGGAUUUCGACGACGUUAUCAGAAGGCUAGAGAAGACACGAUCGAGGCUUGGGGAUUACAAUAAGCUCCUGCUGGGCCUCUAUAGGAAAUACAUUGACUACCCGAACUGGGUGGAAUACAUCCGCAAGGAUAUCCUGGGGCUUUCAGAGUACAAGUUCGACUAUUAUCUUCUAUCAAGAACAAGCACCGACAUUCAGAAGCAUAUUAACCACCUUGCCGAUAUGCUAGUCAAGUCCUACAAAAAGACCGAUCCAUCCAGAGUAUAUACAAAAACUUGA